AAUUAAGUUCCGGUAAAUGUCAGUUUCAUGCUGCUUACACAAAUAGCUCAAAAAUGGUAGCCAUAAAAAAAAUCGGAGCAUUUAUAGUGCUGCAAAACGAGCAAAAUUUGUAGGCUGUAAUACAUUUCUUAUAAUAAUAGAAUAGUUUCACUAUAUUCAUAAAAAAAUUUAAUUAAAAUUGUAUUAUUAAGUUGAUUCAUUCACUUUUUAAGAAAUAAUACAUUUCUAAUAAUAAUAGUAUGCUAGUUAAAAUUAAUUAUGUUAAAAGUGUAUAAUUAAGUGAAAAUGGUUGGUUGGUUAUAUAUUUUUCCAUUGAUCAUUUGCAACACCGAAAACAAAAAAAUUGAAAAAAAUCUAACAAAGUGCGCACACACAAAAAUCGAGAACAGAGCAAUAUAUUAAUAGAGUUUAUGAUCAAACAUCAGGAAAUUGCCAAAGGACUCGGAAAUGGCGAACGCUUUGUUGUGGAUGGCAAAUGGCGUAGUCUCGCGGAUGAUCUGAACGCUGAAGGACCUCCCUAUAAGAAUGUUUCCUCAUGGAAAAAGGUUUGGUCUGAUUGGAAAAUAUCCAUAAAGAAGAAACUUUUGCAAAUCAAAAACCAACCAAAUCAACAUGUUGUCCUAAACCCUGCUGAGGAAUCAAUUGCCCAUCUGUGUGGGUUAUACGAUAAAGUGGAAAUUAUUAGUUGCGGCAAAUCCUCUGGCUAUCCUAGCGAACAGGACGACAUAUCGAAUGUCAAACUCGAACGUCGUAGUUCUCAAUCUAGAACUGAAGAUGAAAGUCUAGCCGAUCUGUGUGGAUCCUAUGAAAUUGUCGAUGUAGGAGCAGGGCAACAAAGCCCAACACGUCUUCAGCAGUCGAAACCCACAAUUAAUGUUAAUGCGGAUAAGGAUAAAGUUAAACGCAAACACUCGGCCGAUUUAGAUGCAGAUUUUGCUGACAGAAAUCGCAGGCGCAGUCGUUAUACGGACAGUCUUGAGGACAUCUGUGGAGCUCAAAAUGCAUUAAUGACACGCGUCGCAGAUAGCCUCGAUGCAAUGCGUUCCACAAUGGCGGAGCAGACGAAUACUAUGCUGCAACAUUUCAAACGAAUGGAGGAAAUAGAAUUGAAAAAGCUGGAGGUUUUGAAAUGUCUUAAGAAAUAGUACAAGUAUUAUACAAAUAGUGUUAGUUACCUAGUAUAUAUUGUUUUUAUAUCAUUACUACUAGUAAUAAAUGCGUGUACAUAUUCUCUGAAUGUGAAAAGGUCGUGGACAUUAUAAAUAAAUAUUUAGGAGGUUAAAUGUUUAUAUUAA